AUGGUUGGUGGGCAAGCAUCUGACGGUGCCAACAACCCUGGAGGAGCUGCAGUACCAGGUGGAUCUGCUGGUGCUAAUGGCCCUCAACAUGGUGGAGCAAUAGCAAAUGGAGCUCAAGGUCAGAACGAGUUCAGCCGUGGUUUGGACUCAGGUUUGGCCAAAGCAGCACCAUCUGCUGCUGGACUGACACAGUCCACAUACAGGUCCUUCAGAAGGAGACUUGACCUGUUCAGCCGGCAAUGUAGAAGACGAGGUCAAGGAGUAGCUCUUGAAGGAGCUUAUCUAGUUCUCUCACAACUACAAGACGUAGCAUGGGAAGCAACAGAGGGAUUGGACUACGAUGACAUGGAGCUGAGUGAGGAUCCCUUCAAACCCUUGCUGGUCGUCUUGGACAAACUUUUUCAACAUGAAGAAGAAGUAGAACUCCCUGAGCGGUGCCAAGAGUUCUUUGAGAAGUUUGCCCGAGAACGAGGUGAAGAACUACAAGCCUACUUGGUGAGGCAUCAAUCGAUGCUUCGAAAGUUGAAAGAGCUCCAGGUGGACAUACCACCCCUUCUUGCUGGUUGGCAUCUUUUGCAAAGGUCUGGAGUGCCGCGGUGGACCCAUGUCCAGGUCAAAGCGAUGUGCAACGGAGACAUGUCAGUUGACCGAGUCUCCAAAGCUUUGAUCCGAAUGUUUGGCGGUGACAGCAAGCCGAACGCCAAGGACUCCAUCCUCAAAGGUGAGAUUCACUACAUGGAUGCUGAGUAUGAAGACCUUGAGGACUAUGGCUUUGACGAUGUCUACUACCAGGAUGAUGACACCUACGCCUACGGCUAUGACCCUGACUAUGACGACACCAUUGAUGAGGUGGAGUACACGGGUGAAGCUGAUGAGGAUGUUCCGCAAGAACUGGAUGAAGCCUCACUUGCAGUGGAGGAUGCAUUCAUCAACUACUUGGACUCACGAAAGAAGAUGCGAGAACUCGCUCUCAGCCGAGGUUUUUACCCUGUGGUUGCCAUCGGCAUGGAUGACAAUGGUGGUGCGUUCAAGGGGCGUGGAAAAGCCUCUGGUGGAAAGGGCAAGUCAAAAGGAAAAGGCCGUGGAAAGAGCAGCGGAGGAAAAGGCAAAUCUGCUGGAAAAGGACACCCCUUGCCUGGUGCACGACGAUACGUUUUUGGACGUCGGCGUGCAGGUGACUCUACAACGACUUCUUCGACGACGGCAUCUGCAAAGUCCACAACCAGUGGAAGCACGUCUCAACAUGGCCCAAGAUUCAAGCGCUACAGGCUUCCAGCCAACGGCAUCAAGGAAGUCCCUGAUGAAGUCACCAUGGUGGAGGACAACUUUGUCAGCGAGGUGAACCAGAUCCCAGUGGAUUACACCACCCAUGAGAGCAUCAACUUUGUCAGCCAAGCUGUUGGUUGGGCUAUCAUGGACAGUGGAGCUACUCGCACAGUUUGUGGUGAAGCCAACUGGAACAAGAUCUUGGAUUACCUCAGUUUGAGGAACAUGGAGCCUGACAUCGACAAGGAAACAAAGGAUUUCAGGUUUGGAGAUGGUGCCAUGGUGAGAUCGCUUUUCAGAGCGAUGAUCCCUGUCUGCGUUGGCAAGACCUGGCGACAACUCAUUGUGCACGUCCUUCCAGGACACACACCUUUGCUUUUGGCACGCCCAGAUCUUGAAUCUUGGCAGACGGUGGUGGACUAUGGAAGAAAAACUGUGAUGAUCGGUGACGUGCAGGUGAAGCCAGCGUUCACAACCAACGGGCACUACAUGAUCAACAUCUUUGACGACCUUGAGGACGUCUUGAGCUUUGCAGAGCUGGACAACAUCGACGUUUCUGUGGAGACCUUCGUGGACUCAAUGAUCACCGAUGAGGUCUCUGACUUUGAGGCCGACCUUGACGUCGAGGUGUCAGAAAAAGAAGCGGAGGAGUUUGUCUUCGCUGCAAGCACGAAAAGCCAACAACACGAGCGCAAGCUCAAGUUUUGGGAAGUCUAUGCGGAUGAAGGAAACCUGAGCAAGUAUCUGCAACGAGCAUAUCAUGAUGUGGAGGUCCGGCAGUUCUCACUGCCAACUUGGAACUUUGAGAUGAAAGAGCAACAAGCCGCUUUUCGACGUCUUGUUAAGCAAGAAGAACCUCAUCACAUCAUGGUGACUCCUGAAUGUCGUCUCUGGUCACCAAUGCAGAAUUUGAACUACAGAACGCCAGAGAGACGGGAAUUGCUCAGAGAUCUGAGGGUCUUGGAAGAAGAGACCCAUUUGACCUUUUACAAGGACAUCCACAUCGACGGCAAGCGCCUGGUCUACGACACAACUUUUGAGAACCCUGCAGACGCAGCUUCAUUCGAAACCCCAACUUUGGACUCCAUGAAGGGCUACUUUGAAACAGUCCUGGAUCGCUGCCGCACAAGGCUGAAGCUGAAGGCAAGUCCUGAGGACGAGAUGUAUGUGAGAAAGCCCACAAGGUUUCGAUCAAGCUCAAGAAAGGUCUGCGAGGCUGUGAACUUGCGUUGUGAAUGCCCCCGAGGAGCUCAUGUCCAAAUGAUGGGACGCGGCUCUGUCCUCAAGAAGAUGCAGAACUACGAGCCUGAACUUUGCCAACGUCUUGGCAAUGCCAUUUACUCUGCAAUGGAGAUGGCAUGGAAGAAACGAGGACAAGCUGAAUUGAUGACCAUGGAGGUCGUCGAGAAAUCGACUGAAGAGAUGCAGUACCUGGAACAGAACAAAGAGCUCAUCAAGAUCGGUGGCCAUGAGAUCCUGAAGUCGGUGGCCAAUCUCCAUCGACAACUUGGACAUCCCAAUGGAGCCAAGCUGGUUCUGGCGGUGAAGGCACGACACCUUCCCAAUGAAUUUGUCCAGGUGGCCCGGAGGUACAAGUGUCCGACCUGUUUGGCCAGGGCACAACCCAAGAAUGUGCGUGUGGCGACUUUGCACAAAUCCCCACACUUCAACCACUCCGUGGCCAUCGACACCUUCUACGUGGAAUGGGCCGGCAAACAGCGUGCGGUCUUCACCAUCAUGGAUGAGUUCAGUCGCUAUGAAGUUGACAUGGAGAUCAAAGAAGAGACGGCCGACAUGGAGAUAGCUCUCUUCGAGUCAACUUGGAGCCGAUCUUUUGGUUUCCCAAAGGUCUUGCGACUGGAUGCCUCUGGUCCUCAUCAAGGGCAACAAUUUGCCGAUUGGGCUUCUGCCCAUGGAAUGUACAUGGACCUGAUCCCACGAGAACUUGACACUCCCGGCAAACCUACCGACAAGUCCAAAGCCCGGCCUAAGGCCAAGCUGCCUGAACCCCGAAUCGACUUUUGGGUCGACUACCCCGACAGUGAGAAAACCGAAUCUGAAUCCAAGACCACUGAUAAGACUCUCUUGGAUGAGAUGGUGGCCAACAAGGACAAGAACCUGGAUGACCACACUCAAGGCAUGACCGACAUCCAGAAGGAGAUGAAACGGAAGCUGGAAGCAGAACACCCGGGCAUCAUGGACUCCUCGCAUGGGGUGAUCGACAGGCAAGAUGAUGAACCACCUGUGGACCCUGAUGAUGUGAGCGUUCGAGCCCGUAACCGACGUUUCUAUGAACAAGCAGUACGUGCUGCCAGUUUCGUCUCCCACAAGAACAACCGACGACUGGAUGGAUUGCCUCCUUCCGGACGACAACUGCCUGCAAGUGCUGCUGCACAAGCAUCACGACCUGCUGCAAAUCUGAUUGUGCCCGUGGCCGCUCUUGAGUUUGGGUUUGUGAUCUUCCUCAGCUUUGACAAGAUCAUCGGGUUCUUCUUUUUCCUGGCAUUUGCCUUGGUGUUUGCGUAUACCCUGGGCAAGCGUGCUGGACGCCGAGAAGUUCAUGGUGUCAUGGCUGCAAUUAAGCCAACGGAAACUGCUGAGGGAGAAACACAGGCAUCGCCGACACCGCGAACCAGAGCGGUAACUGACUGCCAACGCUUCACGGCGGCUGAGAUCUCUUUCCUGCUGGGCGAAGGCUACGAGAUUUGGCCUGAUGACAAGGUGGAGCAGAUCCGGCGAGAUUUCAUCGCUGAGUUACCUCCGUCCAUUGAGGACUACUUGCCCCAGUCCGAGAUCGACAGGCUAAUGGCCAGUGAAGAGACUACAGCUCAGGUACCAGCAGCACCUGAGGAAUGGAAUGGCAUCAGUCGCCAGCAGAGAGAAGAAUUGAUCCAAAUUUUGGACGACAGUUUUCUCUUGGGUGUCCCAUGUGGUGCCAUGUGCCCAGAGCUGCGAGAUGAAGCCCGAGCCCUACGAGCUCAAUUGGCGACCGUACGGGUCGUGGAAGGUGAACUACAACCUCUGAGGGUGGUAAUGAGUUCUGUGCCCAACUUGCCGCUUGGAACACUGGUCAGAUCAGGAUUAAAGAUUGCCUUGCGAAUGGCCUGGCUAGAUCCUGGAAGGAUGAGCUGGUCGUAA